UUUGUGACGGAGCGUUUACGAGGCUGCAGCACAGGAAGUGUGCCUUGACAGAGCGAGCAGCCUGAUGUGUUGCGGUGUUCAGAGGCGAGCGGCUGUGUUCACGUCCCACAUCCACGCACCAGAGCUCCGUUCGUACCCAAGCGCGAACAGCCAUGAUCAAACCGACGAUGUUCUCCGGGCUGCCUGAGCUCGGGAUCUCUAACGGAGAAGAUCUCAAAGAAACUCUCACCAACUGCACCGAGCCCCUGAAAGCCAUUGACCAGUUCCAGAUGGAAAAUGGCAUCCUGCUGCCAACUCUCCAGUCGGCUCUUCCCUUCCUUGACCUCCAUGGAACGCCUCGGCUGGAGUUCCACCAGUCGGUCUUUGAUGAGCUCCGUGACAAGCUGAUGGAGCGAGUCGCCACCAUUGCAGAGGGCAAGGACGAGGACAGAUACGGGAAGCUUGAAGAGCUGCUGGAGAAGAGCUUUCCACUCGUCAAAAUGCCGUCCAUUCAGCCAGUGGUAAUGCAGGUGCUGAAGCAUCUACCCAAGGUGCCAGAGAAGAAGCUGAAGAUGGUCAUGGCUGACAAGGAGCUGUACAAGGUGUGUGCUGUGGAGGUGAAAAGGCAGAUCUGGCAGGACAACCAGGCUCUGUUUGGAGAUGAGGUCUCGCCCCUCCUAAAGCAGUACAUCGUGGAAAAGGAAGCCGCUCUGUUCAGCAGCGACCUCUCCAUUCUGCAUAACUUCUUCAGCCCCUCUCCCAAAGCACGACGCCAAGGCGAGGUGGUCCUGAAGCUGACUCAGAUGAUAGGAAAGAACGUGAAGUUGUACGACAUGGUGCUGCAGUUUUUACGAACACUCUUCCUGCGAACGAGAAACGUCCACUACUGCACACUGAGAGCAGAGCUGCUCAUGUCUCUUCACGACCUGGACAUCAGCGAGAUCUGUUCUGUCGACCCCUGCCAUAAGUUCACUUGGUGUUUAGACGCCUGCAUCCGUGAAAAGUUUGUGGAUGGCAAACGAGCCAGAGAGCUGCAAGGUUUCCUGGAUGGAGUGAAGAAGGGGCAAGAGCAAGUUCUCGGGGACCUGUCCAUGAUCCUGUGUGACCCGUUUGCCUGUAACACCCUGGUCCUGAGUAUCAUGAGGAACCUGCAAGAGCUGCUAAGUCAGGAAGCUCUACCCAGGGACAGUUCAGACAUGAUGCUGCUGCUGAGGAUGCUGUCGCUGGGUCAAGGAGCGUGGGACAUGAUUGACAGCCAGGUGUUUAAAGAGCCCCGUCUGGAUUUGGAGGUGGUGACCCGCUUCCUGCCUGCCAUGAUGUCAGUAGUUGUUGACGAUCACACCUUCAUUGUAGAGCAGAAGCUUCCCAGUGAGGAGAAGAGCUCACUGCCGUACCCCACCGCCCUGCCGGACGCCUUCAACAGGUACCUGCAGGAGAACAGGGUGGCCUGUGAAAUGGGUCUCUACUAUGUGCUCCACAUUGCCAAACUGAGGAACAAGAACGCCUUACAGAGGUUACUGCCUGCUCUGGUGGAGACUUACAAUGACAUGGCCUUCGGGGACAUCUUCCUGCACCUGCUGACCGGACACCUCACCCUGCUCUCUGACGAGUUUGGAACAGAAGAGUUCUGUUCAGUUGUGUUUGAUGGCUUCCUCCUCACUUCUUUCUCCAGUAAAGAGAACGUCCACAGACACACCCUUCGAAUGUUGCUGCACCUACAGCAGAAGAUGCUGCCGUCAUACAUGGAAACCUUGAUGAAAACUCUUGAACCUCCGAAACAGUGCAGCGAGCCAGUGAAGGAGCUGUACACCCAGCUGAUGGAGAAGUUGGAGGCCCAGAAGAAGAGCCCUCCACCACCAGACGAAGCCCCAUCCCUGGAUCUAGGGCUGCACCCGGUGACUGUCCCCACCACGGCCUCCACACCGACCGCGCCUCUCUGAGACGCAGCAGAAAUGGGAAGGAAAAACAGAAUAGUUCACCCGUGACUGACUGUUCAACACCGAGGGCUGGAGUAGGAGUCUCCUAAAAGACUGGACAUUUUACAUUAUUGUCUGUUGUACAAUUUUUUUUUUUCAUGGAGGUGUAGUUUCUUUAGAUGUUUGUCUCAGAGAGGGUCUUUCAGACAGUGUUGUCCUCUAUUUUUCAUCGGUGGGGGGUUCUCUAAACUUUGUGCUCUUGCAUUGUUGUCCAAAUACACUGUAUUUUCAUAUGUAACUGUCCUAUCAGUAUGUUACCUUUGAAUUGCGUCAGUAGUGCAAGAAUUGUGUAAAUAAAUGAUUCUUAGUAACACA